GGGGUGGGCAGGAGGUAGAGGCGGUCCUGACACGGGCAGACUGCGAUGAAACCCCAGUUUGUUGGGAUCUUGCUCAGCUCCCUGCUAGGGGCUGCCUUGGGAAACCGAAUGCGGUGCUACAACUGUGGUGGAAGCCCCAGCAGUUCUUGCAAAGAGGCCGUGACCACCUGUGGCGAGGGCAGACCCCAGCCAGGCCUGGAACAGAUCAAGCUACCUGGAAACCGGAGGUGUUUUUUGAGGGGGCUGAAAAUCCCUUUGGGCUCCUUGAAAUCACAUCUGCUCUGCCCCAGAAGGCAAGUCCUGAAGCCAGGAGUCCAACACCCCAGUUUCAUUCUCUCUCUCAGCCCCAGUGACUGUGAUUCACCAACAUCCAGCCUGCGUCGCAGCCCAUCAUUGCAAUCAAGUGGAGACAGAGUCGGUGGGAGAUGUGACUUAUCCAGCCCACAGGGACUGCUACCUGCGAGACCUGUGCAACAGCGCCGUGGCAAGCCAUGUGGCCCCUGCAUGCAUUUUGGCUGCAGCAGCUACUGCCCUGACCUGUCUCUUGCCAGGACUGUGGAGCGGGUAGUGGGAGUAGGAGUAGAGAAGGGAACAAGGGCGCAAGGGAACAAGGGACAUCUGAACAUCUGAUGUGAGAAGACAAGCAUCCUUCUGUGAGUCAUUAAAAUCUAUGAACC